UAAGAGUAAGAAAAUCAUCACUGUUGGAAAAAAGGAAAAAUGCUGGAAACUUGUGUUUUGUGCACGAGAGCUGUGAGACACGCCUCCCAGCAGCACGCGGAUCUGCGCUGUCGAGCUCUCCAGCUCAUAUCGCUCCAGUGUUUAAGCGAAUCUGCACGCGGUUUUUAUUAACAUACAGACAAACGCGGGAUUAUAUGGGAUUUAAGAACGUAUCAUCGUAAGGAAACAGGCCACGGCUAGAUCGGACUGUUUGGACUGAUUUGACCUCCACGUCCUCUCUGCUGUACGAUGCUUUACUUUCAGCUGGUCAUCAUGGCAGGGACAGUCAUGCUGGCGUAUUACUUUGAGUACACGGACACGUUCAACGUACACGUUCAGGGAUUUUUCUGCCACGACAGCGCUUACACGAAGCCGUACCUCGGACCGGAAGAGUCGAGCGCGAUUCCGCCGUUGCUCCUGUACGCGGUGGUGUCCGGUGUGCCCGCGCUGGUGAUCACAGGAACCGAGUCUGUGCUCUUCCUGCUGCAGUACAUCUCAGAAGAUCUGGACAACAGGGAGAAGAUCAUAGUGAUGGGCGACUGCUGUUACCUUAACCCCCUUGUGCGCAGGACAUUCCGCUUUCUUGGUGUGUAUGCGUUUGGCCUCUUCGCCACAGAUAUCUUUGUGAACGCAGGUCAGGUGGUGACAGGGAAUCUGUCCCCUUACUUCCUGACUGUGUGUAAACCCAACUACACGGCACUGGGCUGCCAGCAGGGCGUCCGCUUCAUCAGCCAACAGGAAGCAUGCACGGGAAACGGUGAUGACAUCCUGCAUGCUCGCAAAUCGUUUCCUUCCAAAGAGGCUGCUCUCAGUGUCUACGCUGCACUUUACAUCGCUAUUGUGUGUCUGUGUGCGCAGAUGUACAUCACAUGCUCAGUGAAGUCCAAAGGCACACGUCUGGCCAAGCCUGUUGUCUCCCUGGGCCUCAUGUGCCUGGCUUUACUGACCGGAAUAAACCGUGUAGUGGAAUAUCGGAAUCACUGGAGCGACGUGAUCGCCGGCUUCAUCAUUGGAGCGGCCAUCGCUAUCUUCAUGGUGGUUUGUGUGGUGAAGAACUUCAAAGGAAAAUCUUUGCUGAAUGAGAUACCUCCUGAGGAAAAUGUAUCCAGCACUCCUAUGCUUGGAGAACCCAGGAUGGAGAAGUACAUUGUCUCACAGAGUCCCAUUACCUAUGCCGAGAUCACAUGACAGCAACAACUCCGGAACGUCCCAAAAUUCGAGGAGAACGCUGCAGCUCUUGGUGACAAGCAAGUGCAAUGUUAUUUCUGAGGGAUUUUUUUUUUUUUUUUACCAUAAAUUGCUGCAGCACUUAGUAUAAACCCAGAUUUUCCUUGUCUUGUUAUUUUACCAAAUGUAGAACAUAUUCCUAUUUUUAUAACGAUAUUAAGAUGACCAGUUUGUAUCAGCAUCCUUUAAUACAGCAUCGAGAAUAAUGUUGCAAAGCAACAGUAUGCGUAGUGCAUUUUUGCUGUCUAUCUGAAAACAUUUGGACGUUAGUCUAGGUGUUAAUAGGUUGUGCAUUACAUUAUAUCUGUUAAUUAGUGUACGAUCUAUGGAUUCAUUUUACUGUCCGUGAAUAGAUGAGUUAAUUAUUGUUGUACGUAAACAAACCGUUGUCUGAGCAAUACUUUUUAAUCGGUCCGUUGUGUACUGUUGAUAUUUGUAUUGUUGUUAAUGUAUGUGAUGAUUGAAAAAUAUUUUUUUCUUGUUGAUUGUCUUUAAAGAAAUGUUACAUAAGGAAUAAAACAUGAUGGGGUGUGCUGUUAUAGGAAAAUAAUCAAUGCAAGCGGGUAUGAUGUGGCUCAUUGUGAAGUUACUUACUUUAACCCCAAUUAAAGUGACUCUUAAAAUUAUUUCUCUUAUACUUACAACGGU